GUCUCUUCCACCUCUCCCAUCCAUAGAUAAAUUUGUUCCCUUCAAUAACAUUUUCUCUCACUCCCAAUAGUGAGUUUAUAUUGUCGUCACAGAGCUUCAGAUCUACAACAAGAAGAAGAAGAGUGUUGGAAGUGUCAAUCUCGAAAACCUUCUGAUUUCGUAACAAUGGUGGCCACUGAUGCUGAAAGUCCUCAUCUUGGGGAGAUUACUUGUGGUACCUUACUUCAAAAGUUGCAGGAAAUUUGGGAUGAAGUUGGUGAGAGCGACGAGGAACGAGACAAGCUACUUCUUCAAAUAGAGCAAGAGUGUCUUCAUGUCUACAAGAGGAAAGUUGAGCAGGCUGCCAAAUCCAGAGCAGAGCUUCUUCAAACCUUAUCAGAUGCCAAUGCUGAACAAUCCAGCCUCACAACCUCUCUUGGAGACAAAAGCUUUGUUAAUGACAUUCCGGACAAGUCUUCUGGAACGAUCAAAGAACAGCUUGCUGCUAUAGCCCCUGCUCUUGAACAACUGUGGCAACAGAAAGAUGAGAGAGUCAGAGAGUUCUCUGAUGUACAAUCACAAAUCCAGAAGAUCUGUGGAGAGAUUGCUGGUGGUUUGAGCAGUGAGGUUCCUAUAGUCGAUGAGUCUGAUUUGUCUCUGAAGAAACUAGAUGAUUUCCAUAGCCAACUCCAAGAGCUUCAGAAAGAGAAGAGUGAUAGGCUGCAGAAGGUGCUCGAGUUUGUGAGUAGUGUUCAUGAUCUAUGCGCUGUUCUUGGUUUGGACUUUUUAAACACUGUCAAAGAAGUUCAUCCGAGCUUAGAUGAAGAAACCAGUGUCCAGGCCAAGAGCAUUAGCAAUGAGACGCUUUCGAGGUUGGCUAAAACAGUAUUGACUCUUAAAGAUGAUAAGAAGCAAAGGCUACAAAAGCUUCAAGAGCUGGCUACUCAGCUAAUUGAUCUAUGGAACCUGAUGGAUACUCCUGAUGAGAAAAGGGAUCUGUUUGAUUAUGUUACUUGUAACAUCUCAGCUUCAGUAGAUGAGGUCACUACACGAGGUGCUCUUGCACAUGAUCUGAUCAAGCAGGCCGAGGUUGAAGUGAAUAGGCUUGACCAGCUGAAAGCUAGCCGAAUGAAGGAAAUAGCUUUCAAGAAACAGACUGAGCUUGAGGAGAUAUACGCUCGCGCUCACGUGGAAACAAACCCUGAAUCUGCUCGCGAGAGGAUCAUGUCACUGAUUGACUCUGGAAACGUUGAGCCUACUGAGUUAUUGGCAGAUAUGGAUAGUCAGAUAGCUAAGGCCAAAGAAGAAGCGUUUAGUAGGAAGGAUAUUUUGGACCGUGUUGAGAAAUGGAUGUCUGCUUGUGAAGAAGAGAGCUGGUUAGAAGACUACAAUAGGGAUCAGAACAGGUACAGCGCAAGUAGAGGCGCUCAUUUGAACCUCAAGAGAGCUGAGAAAGCUCGUGUUCUGGUUAGCAAGAUUCCUGCAAUGGUUGAUACAUUGGUUGCCAAGACAAGAGCUUGGGAAGAGGAACACAACAUGUCCUUUGCAUACGAUGGUGUUCCUCUGCUAGCUAUGUUAGACGAGUACGGUAUGCUUAGGCAAGAACGAGAAGAUGAGAAACGGAGGCUGAGGGAAUAAAAGAAGGUUCAAGAACAGCCACACGUAGAGCAAGACACUGCCUUCAGCACCAGGCCAAGCCCUGCGAGACCGGUCAGUGCAAAGAAACCGGUGGGGGCACGAGCUAACAACGGAGGAGCCAAUGGAACACCAAACCGGCGUUUAUCAUUGAAUGCAAACCAGAACGGAAGCAGGUCUGUUGCAAAGGAAGGAGGGAGAAGGGAGAGUCUCAACAGGCCGGCUGCUCCUACAAAUUACGUUGCUAUUUCGAAAGAAGAAGCUGCUUCAUCUCCGGGUACUGGUGCUGCAGAUCAAGUUCCAGCUUCACCGUGAAGAUAAGAAAGGGAAAGAUCUGUAGUUUUUUUUUUCACUAUGUUUGUGAGUUGGUUUUAGGGAGAGGGAGUUCUAUGAAACCACCUGAGAUAAGACAAAAAAAAAACACUUGAGAGUAGAAUAUGUGCAUCUUGUUAGUGUUGUUUUAAUAGUUGGUACCAUCUUGACUUUGAAAACCUACCUUUUU